AUGAAGAUCAUACACGGGUGCCGAGCCGAUGCCGUGGAGCUGUACCGUGUGGAGGGUGUGACGUACGACAAGGGCACACAGGUUGUGUUCAACGGGACUCCGGUGGACGCAUCAACUUGUACUUUGGCAACCUUUGGCGGAUCUACCACGCAAAUGGUCGAUGGAUCCAAGGUUUCAGCUAUUUCGACGAGGCCGAUGCGCACGACGCUCAAGGGGUUCACAUACUGGUGGUCGCCCCGGGCGCUGUGGUUCAACCUGGAGCGCUCAAAACAAGCUCGGGAUGACGGGGUGGGUGUGGUGGCAUUCUCCAGUGUCAAGUGGUUGGAUGUCAAAGAUGUGUUUGAACCAACGCCGUACACUCAACCCAGCAUCGAACUACCACCAGAAAAUCUCGACUUUCAAGCCCGGUAUCUCAAGAUGGCAUCGACGUGCUAG